GACGUCAGGAUAGUCAGGGCAGUUGCUACAGACAGAAGUUUAGAAAAAAACACUUAAAAGUUCUUUCUUGCCUCGUAGGGGAACCUUAGUAGUGCUUUUUCCUACAGUUUGGCCAAUGGUGUUCGACCUAGCGAUCGCCAGGCCCGCGGGUCCUGAGACGCAGGCAAAAACGGUGUGAAGGGUUCGGUUUUGUUUUUGUUGUUCCCCCAAAUUCAAGGAUCAGCAACCAAAAGUACAAGAAUCGAAACCAUCUCCAGUCUCAGUCACGGGAGCGCUAGCAGAGGUGGGACGAGCAGGGCGCUGCGCAGGCGCGGAGCGACCGGCGGCAGAGGGCGUGGCCGCCGUGUCCAUUUUGCUAAGGGCUCGCGUGGUCGCAGCACUCCCCGGAGCAUUGUCUAAUUUUACAGUUAAACGUGGGGGGAAAACAAAAUUGGCUUUUCCCAGAGAAAUAGUAACCUUGCCGAAAACACCUGCUUCCCGGGGACAGAGGAUGUGAUGGAGCUGCUUGAAGAAGAUCUCACGUGCCCCAUUUGCUGCAGUUUGUUUGAUGAUCCUCGAGUUUUGCCCUGCUCACACAACUUCUGCAAGAAAUGUUUAGAAGGGCUUCUAGAGGGGAACGUGCGGAAUUCGCUGUGGAGACCAUCUCCGUUCAAGUGUCCUACCUGCCGGAAGGAGACUUCAGCAACCGGGGUCAACAGUCUGCAGGUUAAUUACUCCCUCAAGGGUAUUGUGGAGAAAUACAACAAAAUUAAGAUUUCUCCCAAAAUGCCAGUGUGCAAAGGACACUUGGGACAGCCUCUCAACAUUUUCUGUGUAACUGAUAUGCAGCUCAUCUGUGGGAUCUGUGCUACCUGUGGCGACCACACUAAGCAUGUCUUCUCUUCUAUUGAAGAUGCCUAUGCUCAAGAAAGGAAUGCCUUUGAGUCCAUCUUUCAGAGUUUUGAGACUUGGCGCCGGGGAGAUGCUCUUUCCCGCUUGGAUACUUUGGAAACAAACAAAAGGAAAUCCUUACAGUUACUCACUAAAGAUUCUGAUAAAGUAAAGGAGUUUUUUGAGAAGUUACAACAUACAUUGGAUCAAAAGAAGAAUGAAAUCCUGUCUGACUUUGAGACUAUGAAGCUUGCAGUUAUGCAAGCCUAUGAUCCAGAGAUCAACAAACUCAGCACUAUUUUGCAGGAGCAGCGGAUGGCCUUUAACAUCGCCGAGGCUUUCAAGGAUGUGUCAGAACCUAUUAUAUUUUUGCAACAGAUGCAGGAGUUCAGGGAGAAAAUCAAAGUAAUCAAGGAAACACCUUUGCCACCUUCCAAUUUGCCCACAAGCCCUUUAAUGAAGAACUUUGAUACCAGCCAGUGGGAGAACAUUAAACUAGUCGAUGUGGAUAAGCUCUCUUUGCCUCAAGACACCGGCGUGUUCGUUAGCAAGAUUCCCUGGCGCUCCUACCAGCUGUUCAUGGUGGUGGUUCUGCUGGGUCUCCUCGUAUUCUUUGGUCCGACCGUAUUCCUGGAGUGGUCUCCAUUCGAGUUAGCAGCUUGCAAAGACUACCUUUCAAGUGUCAGCUCUUACCUGACUAAGUCAGCUGACUUUGUACAACAGUCUGUUUUUUUCUGGGAACAGAUGACGGAUGGGUUUUUCAUUUUUAGUGAAAGAGUCAGAAGUUUUGGUUUGGUGGCACUGAACACUGUGACAGAAUUUGUGUGCAGAUAUAAACUGCUGUAAAU